UUUCAUGAUUGGUUAAUUUUAAGCCAACAAAUCAUUCACAGGUUAAAGCGAUUAAUUCAAUUUUACAAACUGAAUAAUUUCUGAAGUGAGAAUAAUUAUAUUAAACAAUGGAGAACGAAAUUAAUAUGAAAGAAAAUUUAGCACAGUCAAUACGACUUUUGAAUCAAGAAAGUAAGCAAAGAAAAUCAUUUUUAAGAUUAAAUACUAAAAGUACAACACCACAGAGAAUUUCUUUGCAAAAAAGUAUUCAUUCUCGCAAAGAUGUCGAAGAUUUUUCGGAUUUAGAUAUAUCUUUGACUGUUGCACCUCAUGAAUUACGUGAUAUAAUGGCAUGUUCAGAAAAGAAUGAUAUGACUAUGAGAGAAAUUAUGGAAGAUAGUAGCGUAACAGGAGUUAUUUUGAAAGCCAACGAGCCAUGGCGGGAAGUUAAUACCAAAUUAUUUUAUGAUUUCUUACAAUGCAUACAAGCACAUCUCUCUGAACUACAAGUGUUCGAUACUAUUGCUGAUUUUAUACAAAAUUGUACCGAUACUUUGGAAAUAAUGAGAGGUAUGCAAGCUAAAGUUGAAAAUACAGCCUUAUCUAUGGAAGAAAUAGCAUUAGAAAAUGAAAGAAACACCUGGAGACUCAUAUAUUGUCUUUAUCAAAAUAGGAUAAACGCGUCAAAUUUUGAUACCAUGAUGGAAGAUAAUUCUGAUGUAACUUAUAUAUCAGAAAAAAAUAUAAUAGAACAUUUAUAUAAAACUGAAAGAAAAGUAAGGGAAUAUCAAUUGAUUAUAGAUUGGUUAGAAAAAAAUGCAUUGGAUCAAGCUAAUAAAUCACCAAGUAUAGAAUGUUUUACUGAUAAAACUGUUGCUUGGGAAAAUACGUUGUAUCAAUUGCAAAAUAAGAAUAUGGGAAUAGCUUUUGGAUCUUCCAGACCAUUAAUAACAUCUAUGGAUCCUGAUGCUCCUAUAAGAGAAGGCAAACCUAUUCACGAUUUAGAUAAAGAAGAUGACAUUAGACUUGAAAAAAGAAUGUUUAUAGAAGUACGUUGUGGUCGUCUUCAAAAAGCGCAAGCUUUAUCAAUUCAUUGCGGUCAACCGUGGAGAGCUGCAUGUUUAUUAGGAUGGGUACCUCAUCACGAUCCAAAUUAUAAUAAUCCUUUGACAGAUACUAAAUUACCAAUUAUAGGUAAUCCUAAUAGAGAUCUUUGGAAACAAUGUGCUUGGGAACUUUCACAAGAUAAGCGUGUAGGUCAGUUUUAUCGUGCUAUUUAUGCCAGUCUUUGUGGGAAUGUUCAACAAUUGUUACAAGUAGCUAUGUCUUGGCAAGAUGCAUUGUGGGCUUAUAUGAAGGGUCUCUUGGAUGUUAGAGUUGAAGCUGAAUUAAGAGAUACAAUGCCAAAAAAUCAUGCACCAAUGCCCGAAGAAUAUUGGAAGAAUAAUAUUUCGUUGGAGGAAAUCUUUAAGGAACUUCACGCAUCUAAAAAUGAAUUGAUACGUGCUCAAGCUAAUACACCGGAUCAUCUUAUACAAAAGUAUUUAAUAUUAGAUCAAAUUCCAAAGUUAAUGGAAGAAAUAGAAACAAUGAUUGAUCUAGGAAACUGUGAUCCCCAAUUUUUAAGAUUCUUAGCACAUUUAAUUCUAUUUUUACGACAAACUGGAAAAAAUAUGAAAGAUAAAAUAGGAGAUAAAGUAUUACAGGCAUAUGUUAGAGUUCUUAUCAAAAUAGGCGAUCCAAUUUUGAUCGCAUUUUAUACAGCUACCUUACCACAGGAAGAUCAAAUAUCAAAUUAUGCCUCGUAUUUAGAAAAUAUUACCGAUUUCGAGCAACGCAAGAGAUGUUUGACUGCUGCCGAAGAUGCUAAUUUGAAUGUUGAAGCUAUUACAAAGACAGUUGUUGAAAGUAUACGUCAAAAAAAUACAGAAGUUAAAUCUGACGAUUUAAAGGGUGCUCUCACAAAUGCCGAUUUGGAAAAGAUCAAUGCUUUGGAUUGGGUCAUUUUUUAUAGAAACCAGCGAGAGGAAGCAUUGUGGCAAACUAAUGCAUUAAUAAGAUAUUUUCUUACCAAUGACAAAAUCGAUGCUGCUCGCAAAGCUUUCAAUAAAAUCCCACCAGAUUCUAUUGAAUCAGUAAUGUCUGAUUAUUCAACUAUGGAAAAUACACUCGCAAAUCUUACAUUAACUGAUAAUUUAUCAAAAAAAGCAUCAAGUACUAUUAGAGAAUUUCUUUGUUAUAAAACAUAUCUUGACGCACAGGAAGGCUUUUCGGAAUGGUUUCAUCACUUCCAUCAUGGUAAACCAACUCCAUUGGAAGAUUUAUCAGCGUAUGCAACAUUCACUGAAAAAGUUGCUUAUGAUCAUAAGAAAGCUCAAUAUAAUACCGAAUUAGAUAGAUGGAAAUGUACUAUGCAACAUCAUACUAAGGCAGUUAAGCAGCUUUUAUUUAACGUUCUUUUAUUUCCUGAUGGUGGUUGGCUCGUUGACACCAAUAAUAAUUCAGACGAAGUUGAUAAUGAAUCAAAUGAACCAUCAAUACGGGAGGAAGUAUUAAGGGAACAUCAAUUAAAAAAAUUACGUGAAUUAUGCAUUCCAAAAAUUGCAUUAUUAUUACAUACUGUCAUGUCUGAAAUGAAUGAACAUGCCGAUUGUAUACAAUUAGCCGAUAUCCUUGCAUGCGAGCAAUAUAAAUUGUUUGAAGUUAUCCCUAAAGGACGACUUCGUGAAAUAUUUAAAAAAAUUUGCGAAUCCUCCCUCAUUCUGAUGGAUCAGAAAAAGGAUCCAUGGGGAUAUCCAAAAUAGUUGUAAAAUAUUAUUGUAAUUUGUUUUAAUACAAAAAAAAAAAAAAUCUUUUUAUAAAAUCAGUUUAUUGUCAACCACAAGAAGUGAAUAUAAAAUUUGAUACAAUGUUCAAUAAUUUAUAUAAUUAAUACAUAUUAUACCAAAUAAGUAAUUACUUUUAGAUGUUUGUUUUAUGCAGUUGCAAAUCAAUAUAUUACCGUAA